AUGGUUCCGCUUCGCAGAGCCUCUCAGUGCGAGCGCCGCAGCCUCGAACGCGAGCGUGAUCUCUUUGAAUGGCAGCAGGCGCGUGACGAGCCCAUCAUGGCCGCGGCCUUCCCCAUCCACCCCCUGCCGUCGAUGCAGGCCGCCUUCGAGGAGUCGAUGCUCGACGCAACCGGCGAGACAGGCUUCGUGCCCUUCAAGACGCCCGGCCGAGGGGUCAAGACGCGCCAGCAGUUGCUGUGCAGAGACGCCGACGCCGAAGAGCGCUCCUGGAACUACACGUACAGCUGCCAUUGGCGUCACCACCCCAAGGGCAGCUUCCACCCCUUGCUCAAGACCAUCACCCAGAUCGUCUUCGGCGUCCACCUGCUGCACCAGCGCCUCGAGAAAUCGACCGCCGAUGUCGCCGACAUCCUCCUGAAACACGUCAACGAGCUCGACGCCUUUCUGCAGCGCGCGAACGAAGACGUCGAGCAGAGCCUGAAGGACAUGCUCUUCCGCCACAAAUGCUUGAGGGUGCCCAUGGAGCACGUCAACGAAUUCGACCGCCUGCUCGACGACCGCGCAUACCGCUCCUCGCUGCUGGACGGCAACAUCACCAUAGAGCGCACCAUCAAUCGCAUGACCCAGCUGCUCAACGACUACCUCGUCGACAUCAGCAUCUACCGAGACGCAAACCACCAACUCGAGCUGUAUCUCCGUGACAUUGGCAACGAAUGGGCCUACCACAACCAAGAUGUUGCCCGCAUCUACUCGGCCAUGUGCGGGAACACGGGGGGCUGGGCGCACUUCUUGCAGAGCCUGGUGACAAAAGCUGAACGCCUUGGCCUCGUGCUCGUACAAGUGAGCAGCUAUUGCAACGAGAUCGAGAAGCGCUGUGGUGCCGCCAGCCGCCGGAGUCUGGUAGGCAGCCCUAGCCAGAGCUGGAGAGGGUCCAAGCUAACCACCGCCCAGAUUGCGACCGCAUCCUCUUCGCGAAACUCUUCCAAGUCCAACCUGCGCGACAACGGCCGUCGAUCGUCCAGGAAACGCUCGCAGAACAAACCCCUGCCUACGCCACCUACCCCACAAGUACCCGUGAUACUCGCCACCCCACAAUUGGACAGUCGAAUCCCUUUGGACAGUCGAACCCCUUUGGACAGUCGAACCCCUUUGGACAGUCGAACCCCUUCUGACGCAGAAGCUCGCGGCCGCCCCGUCUCCCGGGUACCACGCUACCAGCCCCAGCCCGAGCCUGUCAAUCCUUACAUGGCUGGAAACGUUCAGCGCAAAGUCGAAACUCCCGCCACGCCUCCAGCACCUGCUCCAGCACCUGCUCCCGUACCUGCUCCCGCACCUGCUCCCGCACCUGCCCCCGCACCUGCUCUCACAUCUGCUCCCGUACCUGCUCCAGCACCUAGCCCUCGCCCAGAGAUACAUGUGCCAAGUCGACCUACCCCCAAGCAGCCUGAAUACCACCACGAAGCCUGGCACAGUGAAGAACAACGUAAGGCUGCCGUACAACCCCCAACAGAAUCGAAUCGUAUCAGCCACAAGCACGGCCAUCGGCGCAAAGUGUCUAACCAUGACGGGGAAAGUCCGUCUAUGACAGCAAAGGACUCAGCUUACUCUUCAUUGUCAGGAGCUUCCAUCAUGUCGCCGGCCAGCGUAGCAACACCGCGUUCGGCGUCAUCGAACGCUCAAUUCGGCCUGUUCCCCAGCAGUGCUCAACACACGCCCAAGCAGUCCGUGUCUGGUCGAUUGGGUACCAUGUCGUCGGCGAGUUCGAACCUGCGAUCAGUCAAGUCUGCCGAACCGCCGGAUCGGCCACCCACGUCCACGAGCCAUUAUGCCGAUACCAGCAAGAGACUGCUCAAAAGGGGCAGCCUCCAAUCCCUCAGGCGGUUCUUCACCAAGAAGAAGAACGACAUACAUACCAUUGCCGAGUGA